UAAAGUAUAUUUAAUAUCAUCUCAAGUUUUUGAUUAGUUAAUAGUAAUACAUGCUCACAUGAGAUUUAACAACAAUGAUUGUUUUUACCAAGGCUUUAGAUAAUGGUUGUAGUUCCACUGCGAACCUUUAUAUUGCAAUAAAAUGUAAGCAAAUUGUUAAGUAGUGAACUCGGAUUUCUGGCUUCGAGACGGAUUGUGAAACUUAUUGUUGAAGAGGAUGACGAUGGUGAUUUUGAGCUCUGCGUUGGGGUGGUGUACGUGCACACACUCGACGAUUAAGUAUGUUUUUGUCUGAGAAUGAGAGGUUUUUAGGAUUAGAAUUUAGUGUACCUUUGCAGCACCAGGUGUCCUUGUUUAUACAGGAUCUUCUUGGGGUUGAGUUGCGGAUACUAGGUUGCUCUCUUUAAGACGUUUUGAGGCACUGCCCAAAUUAUGCAAGACAAACUAUCAACCACGAAGUCUCCAACAUAAAACAACCCAUAUCACUGUAUCGGAGUUCUACUGCACCGUAGAAAACCGUUCUAGAAUUACACCCUCAAUAUGGCGGUCGAAUGACUACCGCUCGUAAUAUGACACUAAAACCACUCAAAAGAAAAAGAAGAAGUGAGUAAGAAAAAGGGAGAAGAGAGAAAAGCUUUAGAUACAGAGAGCUUUUGAUGUACUUUCACAGCGGCGGCGCACGCGAGUGAGUGGUGGUCAAUUUUGCAUUCGUUCUCCCUCCUUUACAAAAUUGAGAUACUUCUUGGGACACACCUCAAGUACCAUACCUCCACCUUAUAUACCCUACUAGUGUGUGAUAUCCCUCCUACGUAGAACUUCCUUAUUUUUCAAUUCACAACAACACUAGCUCUCAUUAAUGUCAUCAUUAUAUUCCAACAAACUUCCAUUAAAAUCAUCAUCAUUUCCAACAGAUUCAGGUUGUUAGAGAGGAAGUCCAUGAUUCUCAGAUCCCUUUUGAUGCAGAACGUGUGUCCUUCUUGGUACGAAAUGGUGAUUGCCACCUAGUGAUUGUGGUCAGGGUCUCUGAUUGCCAUCAAGUGGCUUCGGAUGUAGACACAGCAUACAGGAUAAGAGGAGAGAAACAAUACAUUGAUGGAACAAAAGGAGGUUCCAGAAGUGUUGCUCAACUCUGGCCACAAAAUGCCAAUGCUUGCCUUUGGAACUGCAGCACCGCCUCUCCCUCCAAAUGAUGAGCUCGUGCCCUUCUUUGUCGAUGCCAUCCAAGCCGGCUACCGCCAUUUCGACACUGCAGCUUUGUAUGGUUCUGAAGAGGCCCUUGGCCUAGCUAUAACACAAGCUCUACACCAAGGUCUUAUUAGAAACCGCAACGAGAUUUUCGUCACCACUAAGCUUUGGUGUACUGAUGCUCAUCCUGGCCUUGUCCUCCCUGCAAUCAAGAACUCAUUACAGAGGUUGAGACUUGAGUAUGUGGAUCUUUACCUAAUCCAUUUUCCAGUGAGAUUGAGACAUGGAAUUGAAGGGAAUUUAUCCAAAGAAGAUGUUCUUCCUUUUGACAUAAAAGGGACAUGGGAAGCCAUGGAAGAGUGCUCUAAAUUAGGCUUAGCAAAGUCUAUUGGUGUCAGCAAUUUCGGAGCAAGAAAACUUUCAGAACUUCUACAAAAUGCUACUAUUCCACCAGCUCUUAUUCAGGUUGAAAUGAAUGUAACAUGGCAGCAAGGAAAUCUGAGAAAAUUCUGCCAAGAAAAAGGAAUACACAUGAGUGCAUGGUCACCUUUGGGAGCUAAUGGUGCUUCCUGGGGUACCCUUGCUGUAAUGGAGAGUCCUAUCUUAAAGGACAUUGCAAUUACAACAGGCAAGACUGUGCCACAGAUUGCAUUAAGAUGGAUAUUGGAGCAAGGUGUGACUCCAGUGGUGAAGAGCUUCAACAAGGUAAGAAUGAGAGAAAAUCUUCAAAUAUUUAAUUGGGAGCUUAGUGAUGAUGAUUUGGUGAAGAUUAACCAAAUACCACAACGUAGAGCCUUCUUAGCAAAAGAUUUUGUAUCUGAAGAUGGACCUUACAAAACCUUGGAAGAUUUUUGGGAUGGUGAGGUAUGAUUUCCAUGGAUGUAUUUAGUCCAAAUUCCAAAUUCAAACGCACGAAAUAUUAACUCAGAUGCAAGAGUUUGAUGUAACCUCUCAAGGGACAAAAGUUUAAAUCUUUUCAUAACAUUGUAAUCAUCCGUGCCACUUUAACUAAUAAUAUUUUUUCCUUCUCUAGUGUUAAUAA